UCACCUCCCGGUGUGACGCACGCAAACAGACGCUCCUAUUUUACGCACGCAGACAGACGCCUCGAAUCGAACGGAUUUCUUUGGAAACAAAUCUGCUGUCAGAGUUAUAGAAAUUCUGUUUUCUGUGUUUUACUUUGUAAGUACUAUUCCUAAAACACUUUUAGCUAUUUUACAACUUCUGAAUCUCGACUCAACAAGAUGGAAGAUGGGAGAUGGAAGAUGGCUAACUCUACUGAAGACUACCCGUAUGACUACGAUGAGCAGAACAACUCCAUGUGUGACUUUGACGAGUGGGAGCCGUCCUACUCUCUCAUCCCCAUGCUCUACAUGAUCAUCUUCAUGCUGGGCCUCUCGGGCAACGGCGUGGUCAUCUUCACCGUGUGGCGGACCCAGUCCAAGCGCCGCGCCGCCGACGUCUACAUCGGCAACCUGGCCAUCGCCGACCUCACCUUCGUGGUGACCCUGCCGCUGUGGGCCGUGUACACGGCGCUGGGCUACCACUGGCCGUUCGGCGAGGCGCUGUGCAAGCUGAGCAGCUACGUGGUGCUCCUCAACAUGUACGCCAGCGUCUUCUGCCUGACCUGCCUGAGCUUCGACCGCUACCUGGCCAUCGUGCACUCGCUGACCAGCUCGCAGCUGCGCACGCGGGUCAACAUGCACGCCUCGCUGGUGGCCAUCUGGCUGCUGUCCGGCCUGCUGGCGGCGCCCACGCUCAUCUUCCGCACCACGCGCCAGGAGGGCAACGCCACCACCUGCAUCAUGGACUUCCGGCUGGUGGCGUCGGACGAGCGCGCCAAGGAGCUGUGGAUCGUGGGCCUGGGCCUGUCCUCGUCCGUGCUGGGCUUCCUGCUGCCGCUGCUGGCCAUGAUGAUCUGCUACGGCUUCAUCGGCUGCACGGUGACGCGCCACUUCAACAGCCUGCGCAAGGAGGACAAGCGCAAGCGCCGGCUGCUCAAGAUCAUCACCAUGCUGGUGUGGGUGUUCGCCGCCUGCUGGACGCCCUUCCACGUGGUCAAGGGCAUGGACUCGCUCUCCUACCUGGGCCUGGCGCCCUCCUCCUGCACCUUCCUGAGCUUCGUGCUGCUGGCGCACCCCUACUCCACCUGCCUGGCCUACGUCAACAGCUGCCUCAACCCGUUCCUCUACGCCUUCUUCGACCAGCGCUUCCGCUCGCAGUGCCUGUUCCUGCUCAACCUGAAGAAGGCCCUGCACUCCAGUCCGGCCAGUUCGCUCUCGUCGCACAAGACCGAGCAGCAGUCGCUGGCCACCAAGGUGUGAGGGAGGAGAGGAGAGAGAGAGAGAGAGGCGGCGGACGCCGAAACAAGCGCCCCCAAAAGGCACUAAAGAUGGAGGGACUGAGGGGAGAGGGGAGCUAGACUCUAUGAACUGUGACUGCGGUCAUUCGUCACUUUGUUGGAAGCUUCUGGAGAGCCAGACGAGCGGGAAGGACGGCGGCUCUUUGUUUGUGGGCCUCACUUGUGAGACUUUUGUGAGACUUUUGUGAGAGCUAACGCUGUGGUGGACUAGCGUGAUGCCGUUUGCAUCUAAGGGGGGACCAGGAUCCAUCUCUCAGAGAUGCCAUGCAGACUUUUGUUACUGAGUGAACCCCCCCACGCACCCCCAACCUAACCCCACCCUGAUACCAACCCAACUCCACUAGACCCCCCCCACCCACCCACCCACCCCAACUUGACAGCUGCUUUCCAGACGUUUGAGCGCAGAGCUGAAUGUAUGGGAAGGGAGAGGGGGGUUGCAGCUGGGGGGGUCUGGCUCAACUCCUGCAGUAUUGAUGAGUGUCUGGCAGGCACCAGGAAGAUCCACUGUCAGAACUAAGAUGGAGUAGCUGGAGCCACACAGGAGUUCAUUGGGUGGUCCAAACACAGCAAGCGGGGUGUUAGUGUUGCUGUUUUUCAUUAGCUUCUGCUGCCGUGUGCUCUUGCCAUAGCCUAGCCUUUCAUAUGCCAUGCAUUUCACUGGUUAUUGUUGUAUCCGUUUUAGCAAGCACUUCUUGAUGCAGGAGCGUGAUGAGGUAGUGAAGUGAAGACCUGGCCCGGUGUCUCAAUACAGGGGGUCAAAGGCAGGAUGGAGGAGAUUGGGGAGGUAAGACGAGAGGAGGUGUUGCAGCCUGAUUAAAGUAUCUUUCAGGGGGGCAAGUGAGACAA